GACAUCAUAUCCACGGUUGAGUUCAACCCAACUGGAGAGCUGCUGGCGACGGGGGACAAGGGUGGGAGAGUAGUGGUGUUCCAGAGAGAACGGGAGGUAAGAGCGGCCCAGACACCCCUACUCCUCAUGUCUCUCACAUCCUGGUACUCUGGUCACUAACGCAGGGCUCUCCAACCCUGUUCCCGGAGAGCUACCCUCGUGUAAGUUUUCGCUCCAACCCCAGUUGUAACUAACCUGGUUCAUUUUAUCAACCAGCUAAUUAUUAGAAUCAGGUGUGCUAGAUUAGGGUUGGAGUGAAAACCUACAGGACAGUAGCUCUCCAGGAACAGGGUUGGAAAGCCCUGCACUAACCAUUCGACAUCUAGCUCAGGGUUUCUCAAACUUGGUCCUGGGGACCCCAAGGGGUGCACGUCUUGGUUUUUGCCCUAGCACUACACAACUGAUUCAAAUAAUAAAUUAAUCAUCAAGCUUUGAUCAUUUGAAUCAGCCAUGUAGUGUUAGGGCAAAAACCAAAACGUGCACCCCUUGGGGUCCCGAGGACCGAGUUUGGGAAAGGCUGAUCUAGCUAAUGAAUCUAUACUGAACCUUUUAAUGAAAUAACAUCCUCGCCACAUUCAUUACCAUUCAUUGAUGGCGUUACAGUUACAUUCCCUGGGUAACUGUGUAGUAUUAGUGGUGUUGAAAGGCUGUGGGUGUUUAUUCAAUGGUUGUAGGAGGUAUUAUGGAGAGAUUACGGGCGACUCUGGGAAGCAUAUAGCAUCUCCUAUGGAAGCUGGAUGAAAGGACUAGACAGCGUCUGAAUCUUCUGUCUGUCUGUGGUGAAAACAUGAAUGUCAGGGAUGACUGCAUGAAACUCUCCUUCCUUUAUCCUCCUCUUCCUUAUUUUUCCUUCCGGCUGAUUCCGAGGCGCUCCAUAGUAUCCACUAAUCCCCACACCAGAGGCGCUCCCGUCUCCCCCCCUCCUCCCCCUUCCCCUGUCUUUACCCCCGCAGAGGGCAAAUCUGUUUCCAUUAAUACCCUCCCCUCCUGUUUGGUCAUCUGAUUUGGCUCUAUUGAUGCUGAAGCUUCCUGAGGUGAGACCUGAGGUGAGACCUGAGGUGAGACCUGAGGUGAGACCUGAGGUGAGACCUGAGGUGAGACCUGAGCUGCCGUGUUGGCUGAGCUGAAGCUAGGUUGCUGGGCUCCCAUUGAGCUAUCUACGCCACCCUGACUACACAUCCUGACAACCUUACAAUAGAUUUAAACCACUUUUGCCUGAUUUCUUGAAUUUCUACCAUGUGGAGGCAAAAUGAUUGUACUACGUCAGCAGUUAUGUCAACCCGUACGAUGCCGGAGAGGGAUUUUGGUGACUGCUCCACAUACUACAGUCCCCAUGCUUUGUUAGUUCCUGGGUUUUGACAACCCCCUCCCGUAUGUAUGCUUAAUAUAGAAAGCAGAAACCAGGCCAUCACACAUCUGCUGCUGGGCACGUCUUGGGUCACUGUUUCCUCAAUGUUGUCUAUUCAAUGCCAAUAGGACGAUCCCCACUCUCACAUUGUAUUGAAUGUACCCCUCCUCUGUAUACUCAUGCUGAAAUAUUGUCAAACUUCAAACACUGGCCUAUCAAAUAAAUCAAAUCAAAUGGUAUCAGUCACAUAGAGUUGACAGCAGGUAUAAAAGGUGCAACCAAAUGUACUAGCUCCCUCAACAAUGCAGUACAUUAGUCAAUAGCAAUAUGAAUAAUAAAAGAGUCCAAAAUUACAAGUAGUAGAAGAGGUAGUAGUAAUAAUAGAUUUACACAGUUUUUAAUGAAUAUAAAGUGGGUAGUGACUUGGUCACGCAGUGCAUGUCUUAGGACCUGAAUAAUACCAGAACAUCUUCCACAAACUCAAACACUCUUCUUGUUAUUUCAGAGUAAGAACCAGCCCCACAGGAGAGGGGAGUACAAUGUUUACAGCACCUUCCAGAGCCACGAGCCUGAGUUUGACUACCUGAAGAGCCUGGAGAUCGAGGAGAAGAUCAACAAGAUACGAUGGCUGCCUCAACAGAACGCUGCCUACUUCCUCCUCUCCACCAAUGGUGAGCCACUUCCUCCUCUUCACCAAUGGUGAGCCACUUCCUCCUCUCCACCAAUGGUGAGCCACUUCCUCCUCUCCACCAAUGGUGAGCAACUUCCUCCUCUCCACCAAUGGUGAGCCACUUCCUCCUCUUCACCAAUGGCAAGCCAGACUGCUAGUCCUAGUGACAUCUAGGAAGGAACAUGUGAUUUCUUUUUUGGUUGCACAUUGGUGGGAGCGCCUUCUACUCCUGUUCGUUCUAGUGACAUCACCAUCUCUAACUGCUCACUAGACCAGUCGAUGUUAAUGGUUCCAUUACCUCCAUUACAUUAUUUAUUGCAUUGUAUGGCCCAUUGACGUUAGCCAAGCAGCUAUUUUAUGUUGAGUUAAGUGCCACCAGAGGCAGGAAGUGACCUUUACAAUACUGCAGUAUCCUUCCUUUUGCCUUUCACUAAAUGUAUUAGACGGGGAUCUUGAAUCAGCAGACAGACUCCUAUAAGAGCAGAGUGCUAUCUUUGGACACAUCAGUGGAACAAGCUGGGCUGGCAUCAGGAGGCUUUAAUCAGGUGAAUUGGAGGCUAUUGAUCUCAGCUGAUAUAUCUCGUAUCUAUUUAUGUCAUGCCAACCCUCCGCAUUGGCCUGCUUCCAAUACUGUAGCAGCACAGCAGACAACUGAGUCCCCAUCCCCUCCACAGUACAGCUAGCUAUCUCCCCCAGCCAGCCAGGCCAGCACAGCACAUCUUUCCUUUAGCCUAUCCCAAGCCUGCUGUUACUCAUCCCUCUCUCCCCUCCUCCUCCUCCUCCUCCUCCUCCUCCUCCUCCUCCUCCUCCUCCUCCUCCUCCUCCUCCUCCUCCUCUCCUCCCUGCAGAUAAAACAGUGAAGCUGUGGAAGGUCAGUGAGCGGGACAAGAGACCGGAGGGCUACAACCUGAAGGACGAGGAUGGGAGGAUCCGAGACCCCACCACCAUCACCGCCCUGCGGGUAAGAUGCCAACCCUUCCCCCACUACAGUGUCACCACAGCCUGCCCGGGCAUGUCUGUGCCCACAUUUGCAGUGCUACAUACAGAUGUUGAAUGCGUCUGUCAUCCUUCCUCUGGCAACCUGUGCCAUUAUAUCUCCCUAUGGCAGCCUAAGCCUCCAUCUCUCCCAGUGCCACAGAGGGAUUCAAGUAACUGGCCUGGUUUCAUAUCUUGCCAAAUGCACGUGUCUGUCAGUGUGGGGGUGGGGAGGGGGGUGUCCGGUUCUUAGAUGGGGGUGGGACACCAGGCGCCCAUGCUGCUGACCACACAUUAGCCAGGUCCUGGGGUGACCCGUCUGUCUACACCAGCCUGUACCCAGGGGUCAGCAUGGUGUCAAAUAUAGGGCUGGGCGAUAUCUAAUUAAUUCAAUUCAUUCUAAUUAAUGUUUUUGCGUGAUAUUCCAAAUGCCUGUAUCGCAGAUUCAAGGUUUUGUGUAUUUUUCAUUUUUAUGAGCGUUUAUGUCCGCUGGUUCUCAUGUUGUCUUUUUGGUCUCAUCUCCUUCUGUGCUGUGCACCUUCCCAUUUACACCAGAGAUCUGUAUAUAAUGACGAGAUGCUCAUGUCUUCGCCCUAACAAUGGGAGUCGUUGUCCCAAAGGCGGGAAGGCAGGCGACAAGCUUAGGUUCAAAAUAAGCCCAUAGAAAUGCAUUGGGGGCUUAUUUUGGACAGAUUUUGGCGAGAAUGAAACCUCUCGCUUAGCCUCUUUCUCCCAAGCCCCUCCCCCUACCACUCACAACAACAAAGAUGAGUGAUCACUUCUUCCUCUCUGACAAACGGUUUCAACUCGCUAUUUGCAUUUGAGGUUUGGUCCAACAGAAUCAGUCAUAUAGACAUCGAAACACAUGGAGACAUUAUUUUACUGUAAUAGAGGAGAAGUUAACCUUUCGAACCAUACCCUGUUUUUGUUUCAACUCCUCAAAUUUCGAGCAGAGGAAACACUACUAAAACGGAUGUACCAAUUGUAACGUAUACGCGGGGAGUCAGGAAGCAGGUGCAGAAGGUGAGUUUAAUAAGAAGAAGCAUGAAGAUCAACAAAACAGGAGAAGCAUACAGAAUGUGAACAAAACCAAUACUGCCUGAUGACUGAGGCUACUGAGGGCUAAAUAAAGGGAGAGUAAUCAAGGUGAUGAUGAGGUCCAGGUGUGCGUAAUGAUGACUGCCAGGACCGGUGGUUAGUAGACCGGCGACGUCGAGCGGGGGAGCGGGAUAGGCGUGACACCAAUGAACAUUCAUUCUGGAAAGUUAAUGCUCAGUUUGUCGUGCGCGCAUUACGGUACCACGUAUUGCUAGCAGCAUUUUAGUCAAAGAUUGUUAUACUAGCUGUUUAGUGUGUGUUUUAUAAACGUGCAAUAAGCAUAAAACAAUUAUAUAAGGAAUUGGCAACUCAUUCUCAUUCUGAGAAAUAAGGCAGGCCACUUGAUUUCAUCUGAACAAAGUGGACAGGCUAACAUGCUGUUUAAACAGUUGGAGACACACAGAAGGUUCUGUUCAUUACAAUUCAACUGUUUUGCCUCGUUAGCUGAAUUCAGAGCUUGUGAAAUUAUACCUAGAUCCAAGUUGGAUAAACUUGAAAUAUAAAUAUUGCUACUCACUAGCACGUGGGCUUGUGCUUGAGAGAUUGUUUAUGAGACAGGUGUUAAUUUUCUAAAAUGCCUGCUACAUUAUUAGUGAAUGUGUCAUUAUGUAUGGUUCUGGUUAGAUUUGUAACAAAAAGGGCAUUUUUAUAGACAGACCUGAAAGCCAGAUCAGUGAUUAUUGCAAAAAAAGCAGGUACAACUAUUUAGCUAAAAUAAUUAAAUUAUUAGUGGGUUUUAUGGUUGUGGAAGGCAUAUAUUCAGCCUAGGUAUAAUUUCACAAUCUCUGAAUUCAUUAGAUUAUUGCUGACUGUUUGAAAUGCAGUGUAUUUGACCUUUUAAUUGUACAACAAAGCUUAUUUAGAGAAAACAUUUUAAGAAUAUAUAUAUAUAUAUAUAUAUAUAUAUAUAUAUAUAUAUACAGUGGGGGAAAAAAGUAUUUAGUCAGCCACCAAUUGUGCAAGUUCUCCCACUUAAAAAGAUGAGAGAGGCCUGUAAUUUUCAUCAUAGGUACACGUCAACUAUGACAGACAAAAUUGAGAAAAAAAAAUCCAGAAAAUCCACAUUGUAGGAUUUUUAAUGAAUUUAUUUGCAAAUUGUGGUGGAAAAUAAGUAUUUGGUCAAUAACAAAAGUUUCUCCAAGACGUUUGUUAUAUACCCUUUGUUGGGCAUGACCAGGUCAAACGUUUUCUGUAAGUCUUCACAAGGUUUUCACACACUGUGCUGGUAUUUUGCCCGCAUUCCUCCAUGCACUCUCACUCUAGGAGCAGUGAGGUUUUUGGGCUGUCGCUGGGUAACACGGACUUCAUCAACUCCUCCAAGAUUUUCUAUGGGGUUGAGAUGUGGAGACUGGCUAGGCCACUCUCAGGACCUUGAAAUGCUUAUUACGAAGCCACUCCUUCGUUGCCCGGGCGGUGUGUUUGGGAUCAUUGUCAUGCUGAAAGACCCAGCCACGUUUCAUCUUCAAUGCCCUUGCUGAUGGAAGGAGGUUUUCACUCAAAAUCUCAUGAAACAUGGCCCCAUUCAUUCUUUCCUUUAAACGGAUCAGUCGUCCUGGUCCCUUUGCAGAAAAACACCCCAAAGCAUGAUGUUUCCACCCCCAUGCUUCACAGUAGGUAUGGUGUUCUUUGGAUGCAACUCAGCAUUCUUUGUCCUCCAAACACGACGAGUUGAGUUUUUACCAAAAAGUUAUAUUUUGGUUUCAUCUGACCAUAUGACAUUCUCCCAAUCCUCUUCUGGAUCAUCCAAAUGCACUCUAGCAAACUUCAGACGGGCCUGGACAUGUACUGGCUUAAGCAGGGGGACACAUCUUGCACUGCAGGAUUUGAGUCCCUGGCGGCGUAGUGUGUUACUGAUGGUAGGCUUUGUUACUUUGGUCCCAGCUCUCUGCAGGUCAUUCACUAGGUCCCCCCGUGUGGUUCUGGGAUUUUUGCUCACCGUUCUUGUGAUCAUUUUGACCCCACGGGGUGAGAUCUUGCGUGGAGCCCCAGAUCGAGGGAGAUUAUCAGUGGUCUUGUAUGUCUUCCAUUUCCUAAUAAUUGCUCCCACAGUUGAUUUCUUCAAACCAAGCUGCUUACCUAUUGCAGAUUCAGUCUUCCCAGCCUGGUGCAGGUCUACAAUUUUGUUUCUGGUGUCCUUUGACAGCUCUUUGGUCUUGGCCAUAGUGGAGUUUGGAGUGUGACUGUUGAGGUUGUGGACAGGUGUCUUUUAUACUGAUAACAAGUUCAAACAGGUGCCAUUAAUACAGGUAACGAGUGGAGGACAGAGGAGCCUCUUAAAGAAGAAGUUACAGGUCUGUGAGAGCCGAAAUCUUGCUUGUUUGUAGGUGACCAAAUACUUAUUUUCCACCAUCAUAUGCCAAUAAAUUCAUUAAAAAUCCUACAAUGUGAUUUUCUGGAUUUUUUUUUCUCAUUUUGUCUGUCAUAGUUGACUUGUACCUAUGAUGAAAAUUACAGGCCUCUCUCAUCUUUUUAAGUGGGAGAACUUGCACAAUUGGUGGCUGACUAAAUACUUUUUUUCCCCACUGUAUAUAUAUAUAUACAUUGUGAAUCGCCCAUAAGCUUAAAAAAAUAUAGAUAUGUGUUUUAGGCCAUAUCGUCCAGCCCUAAUCAAAUAUCACCCCCAUCUCCAUGGAUACACAGACCGUCGGAUGUUAGUUACAUUUUCGUAUCAGCUCUAAUGGCAGCUUUCAGAUGAUAAGACCAUGAUACCAUCCCAGAUUAUAUAUGGUGCAAACAGUGGCUUGUUUUCUGUUCUUUAUAUACACCCCAAAAUACAAAUGUUCAUCAUCAUCGUGAUACAUGAAAGAACAACCCAGAACAACCAUUGAAAUUGGAUCCUCUCCCUUUUCUUCACCACUCUCUUAUUUAUAUAUAUAUAUAACUGAAAUAGACACAUUUUCCUUUGUCCAAGAGCUCAGAGUCCUCAAACCUCCUCAGGAAAUAUCAUAUUGAUUUAGGAGAGAAGUGAACGGUGCAGAAACUAUAUCAAUAUUUGGACCCCUGGCUCAGCCCAAUCAUCCUUCUCUCUUCAUGCUUUUAUUUUCCACUCUGGAUCCAAAUUGACCCUUACACAACGCAGCCUUUGGAAAUCAAUAGGAAUCACAUUACGCCUGAGAGAUGGAACACCAUAGUGCCCUCAAAGCUCAUCACUAAGCUAACGACCCUGGGACUAAACACCUCGCUCUGCAACUGGAUCCUGGCCUUCCUGACGGGCCGCCCCCAGGUGGUAAGGGUAGGUAACAACACAUCUGCCACACUGAUCCUCAACACGGGGGGCCCCUCAGGGGUGCAUGGUCAGUCCCCUCCUGUACUCCCUGUUCACCCAUGACUGCAUGGCCAAGCACGACUCCAACACCAUCAUUACGUUUGCAGACGACACAACAGUGGUAGGCCUGAUCACCGACAACGAUGAGACAGCCUAUAGGGAGGAGGUCAGAGACCUGGCCGUGUAGUGCCAGGAUAACAACCUCUCCCUCAACGUGAUCAAGACAAAGGAGAUGAUUGUGGACUACAGGAAAAGGAGGACCGAGCACGCCCCAUUCUCAUCGACGGGGCUGUAGUGAAGCAGGUUGAGAGCUUCAAGUUCCUUGGUGUCCACAUCACCAACAAACUAUCAUGGUCCAAGCAUACCAAGACAGUCGUGAAGAGGGCACUGAAAAGAUUUGGCAUGGGUCCUCAGAUCCACAAAAAGUUUUACAGCUGCACCAUCGAGAGCAUCCUGACUGGUUGCAUCACCGCCUGGUAUAGCAACUGCUCGGCCUCCAACCGCAAGGCACUACAGAGGGUUGUGCGUACGGCCCAGUACAUCACUGGGGCCAAGCUUCCUGCGAUCCAGGACCUCUAUACCAGGCGGUGUCAGAGGAAGGCCCUAAAAAUUGCCAAAGACUCCAGCCACCCUAGUUAUAGACUGUUCUCUCUGCCACCGCAUGGCAAGCGGUACCGGAGUGCCAAGUCUAGGUCCAAAACGCUCCUUAACAGCUUCUACCCCCAAGCCAUAAGAACAGCUAAUCAAAUGGCUACCCGGACUAUUUGUUCUUUUUUUAUUUUUACUUAUCCAUUUUUUACUUAAUACUUAUUUUUCUUAAAACUGCAUUGUUGGUUAAGGUCUUGUAGGUAAGCAUUUCACUGUAAGGUCUACAGUCGUGGUCAAAAGGUUUUGAGAAUGACACAAGUAUUGGUCUUCACAAAGUUCGCUGCUUCAGUGUUAUGAGAUAUUUUUGUCAGAUGUUACUAUGGUAUACUGAAGUAUAAUUACAAGCAUUCCAUAAGUGUCAAAGGCUUUUAUUGACAAUUACAUUAAGUUUAUACAAAGACUCAAUAUUUGCAGUGUUGACCCUUCUUUUUCAAGACCUCUGCAAUCCGCCCUGGCAUGCUGUCAAUUAACUUCUGGGCCACAUCCUGACUGAUGGCAGCCCAUUCUUGCAUAAUCAAUGCUUGGAGUUUGUCAGAAUUUGUGGGGUUUUGUUUGCCACCCGCCUCUUGAGGAUCGACCACAAGUUCUCAAUGGGAUUAAGGUCUGGGGAGUUUCCUAGCCAUGGACCCAAAAUGUCGAUAUUUUGUUCCCCGAGCCACUUAGUUAUCACUUUGGCCUUAUGGCAAGGUGCUCCAUCAUGCUGGAAAAGGCAUUGGUCGUCACCAAACUGUUCUUGGAUGGUUGGGAGAAGUUGCUCUCGGAGGAUGUGUUGGUACCAUUCUUUAUUCAUGGCUGUGUUCUUAGGCAAAAAUGUGAGUGAGCCCACUCCCUUGGCUGAGAAGCAACCCCACACAUGAAUGGUCUCAGGAUGCUUUACUGUUGGCAUGACACAGGACUGAUGGUAGCGCUCACCUUGUCUUCUCCGGACAAGGUGUUUUCCGGAUGUCCCAAACAAUCGGAAAGGGGAUUCAUCAGAGAAAAUGACUUUACCCCAGUCCUCAGCAGUCCAAUCCCUGUACCUUUUGCAGAAUAUCAGUCUGUCCCUGAUGUUUUUUCUGGAGAGAAGUGGCUUCUUUGCUGCCCUUCUUGACACCAGGCCAUCCUCCAAAAGUCUUCGCCUCACUGUGCGUACAGAUGCACUCACACCUGCCUGCUGCCAUUCCCGAGCAAGCUCUGCACUGGUGGUGCCCCGAUCCCGCAGCUGAAUCAACUUUAGGAGACGGUCCUGGCGCUUGCUGGACUUUCUUGGGCGCCCUGACGCCUUCUUCACAACAAUUGAACCUCUCUCCUUGACGUUCUUGAUGAUCCGAUAAAUGGUUGAUUUAGGUGCAAUCUUACUAGCAGCAAUAUCCUUGCCUGUGAAGCCCUUUUUGUGCAAAGCAAUGAUGACGGCACGUGUUUCCUUGCAGGUAACCAUGGUUAACAGAGGAAGAACAGCUUCCAGUCUGUUAUUCUAACUCAAUCAGCAUGACAGAGUGAUCUCCAGCCUUGUCCUCGUCAACACUCUCACCUGUGUUAACAAGAAAAUCACUGACAUGAUGGCAGCUGGUCCUUUUGUGGCAGGGCUGAAAUGCAGUGGAAAUGUUUUUUGGGAUUAAGUUCAUUUUCAUGGCAAAGAGGGACUUUGCAAUUAAUUGCAACUUAUCUGAUCACUCUUCAUGACAUUCUGGAGUAUAUGCAAAUUGCCAUAAUCAAAACUGAGGCAGCAGACUUUGUGAAAAUUAGUAUUUGUGUCAUUCUCAAAACUUUUGACCAUGACUACACCUGUUGUACUCGGCGCAUGUGACAAAUAAAAUUUGAUUUGUUUUGUGAAACAUCAUGGACUGGGAACAAGCUGGUGGGAGGGAGGGACAGUGUUCCAGGACUGGUCAGUUGGAGACUCCCAGGCUCACAGAUGAUUGGGCUUCCUGGCUGUCAGUCACUCUGAGAGGAAACAUGAUGUCACCCAUCAGAGAGGAGGCAGAAUUCACUGUCAGUCUGUCCCAUCACCCUGGCCUGCAGGAGACCUUAUUGACUACACUUAACCCUAAGUGACCCCUCAGUGGUGGGACAAAUACGGGAUCAAUGUUAUUGAUAAUGUCCACUGCUUACUACCAUGCGUAACCCUGUCGAUCCUCCUCCUCCUCCUCAGAUCCUCUGGGGGUUUAGGGUGAGACGGUACACUUGAAGGAGGAUUUACUAUCCAUUUGGGUUGAGGCUGGGUUUGCUAUGCGUCUCCUAUCCAAUCUUAAGUGAACAUAUCACCCGCUUGGCUUGAUUCAUGCCCAGGUCUUUCUAUUGAGUAAUAACUAGACUUAAGCAGCUCCCCUCAGCACUGGCUGCAUCAUCUGAGAAGCAGAUGUUGAUGUAUGAGUUAAUGACCUCAGCAGUCUCUGCAGCGUGUUCCUCCUCCACCUCCCGCUGUGUGAUGGUGUGGCUGUGCUGUGGUGGGGAGAGACACUCAUAAUGGUAGCAGACUCAUAUCUGAUCAUCACAUUGGCUGUGCUGUGCCAGGCUGGGCUCUGUCUGUGUGUGUGUGUGUGUGUGUGUGGCGUUGACAGAUGGUUUGUGUUCCCUGUCAGACAGAUACCCAAUAAUGGUCAGCCAAGCAUGCGCCCCGCAGUGAGUGUACAUCAGUGGACAUGUCCCACUACCCCUCUCUGUCACAAGCUAUCGUACAUCAAUGGACAUGUCCCACUCCUCUCAAAUCAAAUGUUAUUUGUCACAUACACGUGUUUAGCAGAUGUUAUUGCAGGUGUAGCGAAAUGCUUGUGCUUCUAGCUCCGACAGUGCAGUAAUAUCUAACAAGUAAAUAUCUAACAAUUUCACAACAUAUACCCAAUACACACAAAUCUAAGUAAGGAAUGGAAUUAAGAUUAUAUACAUACAGUUGAAGUCGGAAGUUUACAUACACUUAGGUUGGAGUCAUUAAAACUCGUUUUUCAACCACUCCGCAAAUGUCUUGUUAACAAACUAUAGUUUUGGCAAGUCGGUUAGGACAUCUACUUUGUGCAUGACACAAGUAAUUUUUCCAACAAUUGUUUACAGACAGAUUAUUUCACUUAUAUUUCACUGUAUCACAAUUCCAGUGGGUCAGAAGUUUACAUACAGUAAGUUGACUGUGCCUUUAAACAUUGUGGAAAAUUCCAGAAAAUUAUGUCAUGGCUUUAGAAGCUUCUUAUAGGCUAAUUGACAUAAUUUGAGUUAAUUGGAGGUGUACCUGUGGAUGUAUUUAAAGGCCUGCCUUCAAACUCAGUGCCUCUUUGCUUGACAUUAUGGGAAAAUCAAAAGAAAUCAGCCAAGACCUCAGGAAACAAAAUUGUAGACCUCCACAAGUCUGGUUCAUCCUUGAGAGCAAUUUCCAAACGCCUGAAGGUACCACGUUCAUCUGUACAAACAAUAGUACGCAAGUAUAAACACCAUGGGACCAUGCAGCCGUCAUUCCGCUCAGGAAGGAGACGCGUUCUGGCUCCUAGAAAUGAACGUACUUUGGUGCGAAAAGUGCAAAUCAAUCCCAGAACAACAGCAAAUGACCUUGUGAAGAUGCUGGAGGAAACAGGUACAAAGUAUCUAUAUCCACAGUAAACCAGUCCUAUAUCGACAUAACCUGAAUGAAACAAAAAUAUAACUGUUUGGCCAUAAUGACCAUCGUUAUGUUUGGAGGAAAAAGGGGGUCGCUUGCAAUCCGAAGAACACCAUCCCAACCGUGAAGCACGGGGGUGGCAGCAUCAUGCUGUGGGGGUGCUUUGCUGCAGGAGGGACUGGUGCACAUCACAAAAUAGAUGGCAUCAUGAGAAAGGAAAAUUAUGUGGAUAUAUUAAAGCAACAUCUCAAGACAUCAGUCAGGACGUUAAAGCUUGGUCACAAAUGGGUCUUCCAAAUGGACAAUGACCCCAAGCAUACUUCCAAAGUUGUGGCAAAAUAGUUUAAGGACAACAAAGUCAAGGUAUUGGAAUGGCCAUCACAAAGCCCUGACCUCAAUCCUAUGGAACAUUUGUGGGCAGAACUGAAAAGGUGUGUGCGAGCAAGGAGACCCUACAAACCUGAUUAAGAGUCUUCACAUAGAGAGAUAAUGAUAGUGUGGCAUCAGCACAAGCCUCCUGCUGAUUCCCCUGAGUCGGCAUUACGUUAGUCUAAAUUGCGAGGAGUAUUCGAGGCAAAAUCUGGAACAUUUGUCGAGGAAUGGGCCCAGUUUGGGGUCUGGGUCUCUGUGGCGGCCCCUUGCGAUGUGGCGGGUGUGUAGGGGCCCUGGCUGAGAUUUGUCGUAAUUAAGGGCCCCUACUCCCUGUGAGAACAUGGGGUUACUCAUUAUGGCUGUAGGCACGAACAGCCCAUAUUGAAAUACUGCACUGAAUCACUGGCUGUGGAAUACAUGGCUGAUUUGAUGUUUAACAUUCAUUUUUCUUAUUCCCUCCAUCUCUCUCUCUUCCAGGUACCAGUGCUGCAGCCCAUGGACCUGAUGGUGGAAGCCACUCCCAGGCGAGUGUUCUCCAAUGCCCACACGUACCACAUCAACUCCAUCUCUGUGAACAGCGACUACGAGACCUACAUGUCCACAGAUGACCUGAGAAUUAACCUGUGGAACCUGGAGAUCACCAACCGAAGUUUCAGUAUCCUUCUCUCAACAAACACAGAUGGCUAGACCGAUGGCAAAGGAGCUCAUAUUAAGAGAUUGUCUCACUUUGGAAUGUAUUUAUUUUCUUCUGUCUGUGUCUGUCUGUCAGUCAUCUGCAUCCCCUCCCAGAAGCCAACGAGGUAAUAUUUAAACAGGAGCACAUCCCCAUUGAUUAAUAUUGAUUUUCACUUUGAGGUUCCCUGCGGAUCACAGAUGAGAUGCCCUAUGGACAGCAGAAUGGAUCACUGAGCUUUGGGGCCCUGAGCACAUAUUGAGCUUCUUAUUUACUGAGCCUCGUUACUCUAACAAUCACAGUGCUGCUGGCUAACCAGCCUCUCUCCUCAGUUCUCGCUGAUGGAUCUGCUGUCAUUUCCCUCACUCCGACCAGCGCUGUUUUUGCUGUUAUCUGACAUUUUUGAAGUCAUAUUUUUUUCUCAAGCUUUCUUUUUCAUGAUUGUUUUGUUGUUGCUUACUCUUCUAAUGGGUUGCUAUGGUUUUUUUGUCCAAUAGUUAGUUUAAAGUCUCAAACUGAAGAGCUGUGAAUUGCUUCAGUACUUUUCUAUGUGGUUGAGUUCCUUCACCGCAACACCUCAGACAUUGUGGACAUCAAGCCGACUAACAUGGAGGAGCUGACGGAGGUGAUUACGGCAGCGGAGUUCCAACCCAACCAGUGUAACACCUUCGUCUACAGCAGCAGCAAGGGCUCCAUCCGCCUGUGUGACAUGAGGGCCUCAGCACUGUGUGACAACCACUCCAAAUGUAAGGCUGCCUCCGCCGCACCCCAAACCACUCAUAUACUGAGUAUUGCCAGCAGGCUCCAUGAUAAGAGCCAGGAGUUUUUAGUUGACUAGGAGCACCUCUGGGCCCGAGUUGUCCCUGUACUGGUCAGGUCACAUGAUCAGAAAAACUCUUAGCCCUAAGUAUAAGCACUGGGGUUAUCGUAGGCUCUGAAGCCCUCAUUCCUCCAUUUUAACAGUGUCUCUCUACUUCUUUCUAAUUGCCACUUAGUCAUCUAAUUAGUAUUUGUGUGAUGGGACCCAGGUGAGUCCUGGCACAGUGGUUGGGGAAUGAAUUUCUUGCAUGCUAUAUUUAGUCGAACUGAUACUAAGCUGCAGGUGGACUUGUUUCUGUAAGGCAUUAUUGGAAAAUAAGAUUGUUGAAAUGGAAAUGAAAGGAAACAGAGAGCGCAAUGAAGCCAAGUGGGAUUUUAUCGAUUUUUUUUCCUCCAGUGGUUUUUGGCAUCUUUCCAUGUACUAGUUCUAUUUAAAUGGUGGACCAAAAGUCGACAGGAGGCAGUGUGUAUUCCUUCAUGGCUCUGAGUUUAUCCAAAUCCCCACACUCACCCACAGUGAUAUUGAUGUUUCAAGGUUAGUCAAGGCACUGUCCCUAAACCCCAAAUCAUCCUUUUCCACCCUGCUGAACACAUUGUCAGAUCAUAGACAGACAGGAGGUUAAGCAGGGAACAAACACACAGCCUUAUUAUAGUCUUUCAUUGGCACAUAUAUCUUGCAUUUAAUAUCUUAAAUAAGCUCACAGUACUUGUGUGUUUAACAAUUGCCUGUUAAAAGCCGCAUUUGCAUUUCAAAUCAGUCAUCAGCCUGUUUGAGAGGCCCCAGUGGAUAUGGAUCGACUCAUAAACAAGAAACAUGGAUUAUCAGUUCACAUAAGUGAAUAAUUAUGUAUUAAUGACGUGUUUGCAUUGAACAAUAUGACCGUUAAUUACUUUUUUACUGAGGAAUAAAUGUCUGCUAGCAUGAGAAAUGGUUCUCUGCAACUAUUUAGCAGUGAUAGAUUUAUAAUUUCUGUCUUUUCCCUUUGCAUAUUUAGCGGUUGUUUAGCAGAGCCAGCCAAUGGCAUACAGCAUCUGGUGCAGUGUGAAAGUGAUUCAUAAAUUAACUGAAGCUGUGAGCCAGAGAGAGUUGCUCAUCCAGUCUUUUUGGGCCAGAUGUUAACACGGCCUGUUCCUCUGUCUGUUCCACCUGCAGUGUUCGAGGAGCCAGAGGACCCCAGUAACCGCUCCUUCUUCUCCGAGAUCAUCUCAUCCAUCUCAGACGUUAAGUUCAGCCACAGUGGCCGCUACCUGAUCACACGGGACUACCUCACGGUCAAGGUGUGGGACCUCAACAUGGAGAGCAAACCUCUGGAGACCUACCAGGUAGAGUAUACCACUCCCUCGUCACUGUUCUGUAUGUGCCAAGACCUUGAUACACCAUAGAUCACACAUCGUUUUGAACGAUUUCUGCACAUUCUUGUUGGGUUCCAAAAGAAUUAUGCAAUGGAAAAUACCAGAGCCAUAUACAGUGCAUUCGGAAAGUAUUCAGACCCCUUCCCUUUUUCCACACUUUGUUACGUUACAGCCUUAUUAUAAAAGGGAUUCAUUCAAUAAAAAUCCCCAUCAAUCUACACACAAUACCCCAUAAUGACAAAGUGAAAACAGGUUUUUGAAAUGUUUGCAAAUGUAUUAAAAAUAAAAAACAGAAAUACCUAAUUUACAUAAUUAUUCAGACCCUUUGCUAUGAGACUUGAAAUUGAGCUCAGAUGCAUCCUAUUUCCAUUGAUCAUCCUUGAGAUGUUUCUACAACUUGAUUGGAGUCCACCUGUGGUAAAUUCAAUUGAUUGGACAUGAUUUGGAAAGGCACACACCUGUCUAUAUAAGGUCCCACAGUUGACAGUGCAUGUCAGAGCAAAGAACAAGCCAUGAGGUCGAAGGAAUUGUCCGUAGAGCUCCGAGACAGGAUUGUGUCGAGGCACAGAUCUGGAGAAGGGUACCAAAAAAUGUCUGCAACAUUACAGGUCCCCGAGAACACAGUGGCCUCCAUCAUUCUUUAAUGGAAGAAGUUUGGAACCACCAAGACUCUUCCUAGAGCUGGCCGUCCGGCCAAACUGAGCAAUCGAGGGAGAAGGGCCUUAGUCAGGGAGGUGACCAAGAACCCGAUGGUCACUCUGACAGAGCUCCAGAGCACCCUCCAGAAGGACAACCAUCUCUGCAGCACUCCACCAAUCAGGCCUUUAUGGUAGAGUGGUCAGACGGAAGCCACUCCUCAGUAAAGGCACGACAGCCCGCUUGGAGUUUGUCAAAAGGCAGCUAAAGGACUCAGACCAUGAUAAACAAGAUUCUCUGAUCUGAUGAAACCAAGAUUGAACUCUUUGGCCUGAAUGCCAAGCAUCACAUCUGGAGGAAACCUGGCACCAUCCCUACAGUGAAGCAUAGUGAUAGCAGCAUCAUCCAGUGGGGAUGUUUUUCAGCGGCAGGGACUGGGAGAAUAGUCAGGUUCGGGGGAAAGAUGAACGGAGCAAAGUACAGAGAGAUCCUUGAUGAAAACCUGCUCCAGAGCGCUCAGGACCUCAGACUGGGGAAAAGGUUCAUCUUCCAACAGGACAACGACCCUAAGCACACAGCCAAGACAACACAGGAGUGACUUCGGGACAAGUCUCUGAAUGUCCUUGAGUGGUCCAGCCAGAGCCCGGACUUGAACCCGAUCGAACAUCUCUGGAGAGACCAGAAAAUAGCUGUGCAGCAACGCUCCCCAUCCAACCUGACAGAGAUGAAUGGGAGAAACUUCCCAAAACAGGUGUGCCAAGCUUGUAGCAUCAUACCCAAGAAGACUUGAGGCUGUAAUCGCUGACAAAGGUGCUUCAACAAAGUACUGAGUAAAGGGUCUGAAUACUUACAGUACCAGUCAAAAGUUUGGCCACACCUACUUAUUCCAGGGGUUUUCUUUUCUUUUUACUAUUUUCUACAUUGUAGAAUAAUAGUGAAGACAUCAAAACUAUUAAAUAACACAUAUGGAAUGAUGUAGUAACCAAUAAAGUGUUAAACAAAUAAAACAUAUAUUUUAGAUUCUUCAAAGUAGCCACCCUUUGCCUUGAUGACAGCUUUGCACACUCUUGGCAUUCUCUCAACCAGCUUCACCUGGAAUGCUUUUCCAACAGUCUUGAAGGAGUUCCCACAUAUGCUGAGCACUUGUUGGCUGCUUUUCCUUUGCCCUGCGGUCCAACUCAUCCCAAACCAUCUCCAUUGGGGUUAGGUCGGGUGAUUGUGGAGGCCAGGUCAUCUGAUGAAGCACUCCAUCACUCUCCUUCUUGGUCAAAUAGCCCUUACACAGCCUGUAGGUGUGUUUUGGGUCAUUGUCCUGUUGAAAAACAAAUGAUAGUCCCGCAAAGCGCAAACCAGAUGGGAUGGCGUAUCGCGGCAUAAUGUUGUGGUAGCCAUGCUGGUUAAGUGUGCCUUGAAUUCUAAAUAAAUCACUGACAGUGUCACCAGCAAAGCACCCCCACACCAUAACACCUCCUCCUCCAUGCUUCAUGGUGGGAAAUACACAUGCGGAGAUCAUCCGUUCACCUACUCUGCGUCUCACAAAGACACUGCGGUUGGAACCAAAAAUCUCACAUUUGGACUCAUCAGACCAAAAGACAGAUUUCCACCGGUCUAAUGUCCAUUGCUCGUGUUGCUUGGCCCAAGCAAGUCUCUUCUUCUUAUUGGUGUCCUUUAGUAGUGGUUCCUUUGCAGCAAUUCGACCAUGAAGGCCUGAUUCACACAGUCUCCUCUAAACAGUUGAUGUUGAGAUGUGUCUGUUACUUGAACUCUGUGAAGCAUUUAUUUGAGCUGCAAUUUCUGAGGCUGGUAACUCUAAUGAACUUAUCCUCUGCAGCAGAGGUAACUCUGGGUCUUCCUUUCCUGUGGUGGUCCUCAUGAGAGCCAGUUUCAUCAUAGCGCUUGAUGGUUUUUGCGACUGCACUUGAAGAAACUUUCAACGUUUUUGAAAUGGUCCGGAUUGACUGACCUUCAUGUCUUAAAGUAAUGAUGGACUGUCAUUUCUCUGCUUAUUUGAGCUGUUCUUGCCAUAAUAUGGACUAGGUCUUUUACCAAAUAAGGCUAUCUUCUGUAUACCACCCUUACCUUGUCACAACACAACUGAUUGGCUCAAAUGCAUUAAGAAGGAAAGAAAUUCCACAAAUUAACUUUUAACAAGGCACACCUGUUAAUUGAAAUGCAUUCCAGGUGACUACCUCAUGAAGCUGGUUGAGAGAAUGCCAAGAGUGUGCAAAGCUGUCAUCAAGGCAAAGGGUGGCUAUUUGAAGAAUCUCAAAUAUAAAAUAUAUUUAGAUUUGUUUAACACUUUUUUUUGGUUACUACAUGAUUCCAUGUGUUAUUUCGUAGUUUUGAUGUCUUCACUAUUAUUCUACAAUGUAGAAAAUAGUAAAAAUAAAGAAAAACCCUUGAACGAGUAGGUGUCCAAACUUUUGACUGGUACUGAAUGUAAAUUUCAGUUUUUUGUUUUUAAUACAUUUGCUAAAAUUUCUAAAAACUUGUUUAUGCUGUCAUUAUGGGGUAUUGUGUGUAGAUUGAUGAUGAAAAAUAAAUAAAAAUUCAUCCAUUUUAGAAUAAGGCUGUAACGUAACAAAAUGUGGAAUAAGUCAAGGGGUCUCAAUACUCUCCGAAUUCACUGUAUUUAUCUAAACAUAUGGCUCUGGAAAAUACCUCAAUGGAUUUUCUCUUCCAGGUUCAUGACUACCUGAGGAGUAAGCUGUGCUCCCUGUAUGAGAACGACUGCAUCUUCGACAAAUUUGAAUGUGUCUGGAACGGGUCUGACAGGUCAGUGACAGUAUUAGGAUUGAUGUCAGUGGAUGUAUGAGUAGAUAAGGUUGGAUAAAUGGGAUUGAUGUGUUGCAGCAUCUUCACUUUUAACCGCCACUCUCUCCGCAGUGUGAUCAUGACCGGCUCGUACAACAACUUCUUCCGCAUGUUCGACCGCAACACCAAGCGUGACGUGACCCUGGAGGCAUCGAGGGAGAACAGCAAGCCCCGGGCCAUCCUGAAGCCCAGGAAGGUGUGUGUGGGGGGUAAGAGACGUAAGGACGAGAUCAGCGUGGACAGCCUGGAUUUCAGCAAGAAGAUCCUGCACACCGCCUGGCACCCCUCUGAGAACAUCAUCGCCGUGGCCGCCACCAACAACCUCUACAUAUUCCAAGACAAGGUCAAC